CCAUUUGCCUGAGUGGCAGGGGAACCGGAAGUGGAGGAGCUGCUGCUGGUGCUGGGGCCGGAGGAGGGACGCGCUGGAGCGGGGCCGCCGGGACUGAGCGAGCGACACACGCGCCACCCGCCGACUCCGCAGCCGCUUGGGGCCCGCCUGGACCCGCUACCUGAGUGUAGAAUGAGCCAAGGAGAUUCAAACCCAGCAGCUAUUCCACAUGCAGCAGAGGAUGUUCAAGGAGAUGACAGGUGGAUGUCUCAGCACAACAGAUUUGUCUUGGAUUGUAAAGACAAAGAGCCUGAUGUACUAUUUGUGGGUGACUCCAUGGUACAGUUAAUGCAGCAGUACGAGAUAUGGCGAGAACUGUUCUCUCCACUUCAUGCACUUAAUUUUGGAAUUGGGGGAGAUACGACAAGACAUGUUUUAUGGAGACUAAAGAAUGGAGAACUGGAGAACAUUAAACCUAAGGUCAUUGUUGUCUGGGUAGGAACAAACAACCAUGAAAAUACAGCAGAAGAGGUAGCAGGUGGCAUCGAGGCCAUUGUACAACUUAUCAACACAAGACAGCCACAAGCCAAAAUCAUUGUAUUGGGUUUAUUACCUCGAGGUGAGAAGCCCAACCCUUUGAGGCAAAAGAAUGCCAAGGUGAACCAACUUCUCAAGGUUUCUCUGCCAAAGCUCACCAAUGUGCAGCUCCUGGAUACAGAUGGGGGUUUCGUGCACUCGGACGGUGCCAUCUCCUGCCACGACAUGUUUGAUUUCCUGCAUCUCACAGGAGGGGGCUAUGCAAAAAUCUGCAAACCCCUCCAUGAACUGAUCAUGCAGUUGCUGGAGGAAACCCCGGAGGAGAAGCAGACCACCAUUGCCUGACUGGCCUCGUCAGUGUUGAUAGCGUCCCAGCUUCCUCAGAUCAGUUAUGUCACUGGCACUACAGAAUCCUCUUUCUUAAGGCACUUUGCAUUGUAGGAUGUUCCUGGAUGCUCAUAUCUAGUGUUUGAAGGGGAGGAGGGAUUUAAACUGGUCGUGUAUAUAGAAGGGUUUUUGACACAGGAAAACAAUUAGCCAAGAAGAUUGUUGUUUAAAUUCAUUUGAAACCAGAAGGGGACUUUUUAGUUGUAUGUGUGACACCUUCAUUGAAUUAUCACUUUUUCCUAAAACUGCAUCAGGCCCAAGUACUUAAAAAAACAAAGAUUUUUUUCUUGGCCUUUUUCCCCCUGGAUUGUGUUAUAUAUAAUCAUUAUCAGAAUCACACCUACUUAGCUAUAUAACAAAUUCUUUUUUCUGGUUUUUAAGGUUUAUAAUUCGGCCUUUUUUAUUUUGUGUUACUUGUAUGUGUGCUCAGUAUUUUGUUAAUGUACAGCAUCAGAUUAAACGUGCUUGUCAUUCAAAUAUGGGAGAUGCUAUAGUGACACUCUUAAACUUUCCUGUGUUUAGCAGUGAGAAACAGGUUUACCCUCUCUGGGAACUCUUUGGAGGAUGUUAUUUUUAUGCUGCUGAAUAUCAUGGCUAUAAUAGAGCCGUGCUUGCAGCCUUUUCUUCCCUUUUCUCCUCCUCUGUUGUUGUUGUUUUGGGGUUGUUUGUUUGUUUGGUUUCCUUCCUUACCGAUACUACUGUGUUUUACCGUAUUUUUGACCUAGGACCUCAGUUGAUGAAAGUGUAAGUCCCCAGCCAGUUGCUCUCAUGAUGUUACUAUGCAUGACUCCUCCUAGUGGGAUCUGUGCGUGGAGUCUGUGUGGUGUUACACAUAUUAAGAGUUCUGGUGUGUUUUUCCAUUAAAGCCCAUUAACAGUUUUUAGCAUAUCUUUUUGGAAAAAAAGUCAGAACUCUGUUUCUCAUUUCAUAAUAUCUGACAUUAUUUCAGGCUUUAUAGUAUCUUAAGGUAUGUGAUUCUUUGUUUCUUUUCUUUUUUUUCCAAUUUUGGGGACACACAUACUAGGGAAGUACUCUGCCACUGAGCCUCACCCCCAGCCCUAUAUUUUAUUUUUUUAUUGGCUUAAAUCGUAUUGGUCAAAAAAGAUUCGGCUUUUUCCAUGGGGAAACAGUGAACCUGCUCUCAGAAAAGACGUUCUGUGUUUAUUCCAUCAUUUUAGUUUUUUUUUGAAGAUAGAUCCAUCUAACUUGUAAGGUUUCUUCCUAGUGUAGCUUCCCCUGAGAGUUUCUUUCAAAAGAAGUCCUUAUAAUCUUAAUGGUUUUCUUGAGCCAAAAGAACUUCCAUUUAGAAUAACAAUAUAACAAUAAAUGGCUUAUUAUUGAACUAUGAAUUCUACAAACUGGAUCUACAACAUGUUUGAACUGGACCAGCUUGGGUAUUGAAGUGACCCAUCAAGUGUGCGCUGCAGUGGUUCUGUUUAAUGUUCAAAUUCAGUAACUAAACUGUAUGCUUUACGUUCUGCUCACAAAGCAAAUGGGGAGAGAGGCUUUGUGUAUUGGAGUAAGGUUUAUGGAUUUGUUCUAAGACCCAUUUCUGAUUGGACUGUGUGUGUGUGUGUGUGUGUGUGUGUGUGUGUGUGUAGCCUCUUUCUAGGAGUUUGCUUUUGUUUUCUAGUUUUCUGAAUAUAUCAUGUCAUUAACAGAGAAUACACAUGGUGUUUACUAAACUUUUUUACUAUAUUGAAAUUUCCUUUUUAUUUUUAGUAUCCCACGUUCUUGAGUUUUUCAAAACAGAUUUUUUUUUUUUUCCAUAACUGAGGUAUAGUUUCAAGAAGGAGAGUUAAGCCAGAAUUUUGUGUGUAAAAGGACAGUCGCCUAUCCAGGUCUUUCUGUGUCUUAUCAGAAAGUAGGAGGAUGGUCCAGAAAAACCCACUAGGUUACUCCUGUAGCAUGCGCUUUAGCUUCUCUCUUGACUGCAUAUCAAAAACCCUUUGUGAGCUGUCCUACAGCUCCUUUGUUUAUGUAUAUAAACCUCAGAUGUUGCUACAUUUUAUAUCUGCCAGAGCUCUUCAAGCAAAGUGUUUGAACCACUAGUCUUUUAAAUAAAAUUCUGCCCUAUUGCCAAUGUGCAGAUACUAAGUCCACUUUCUCAUUUUUUGCCAGAUAUCUUUGCAGUGUUUUAGGCAAAAAAGGUUAAUCUGUUUUUCUUUGAAUGACAUCCCAGUUUGCUUUAACAGCAGAAUUUACCGCUAAGUCUUUGUACUUUUUAAAAAUGUAUACAUUUAAUGCACUGUCCACGAGAACUGUCCUUGUUGUCCUUGUGGAAGGGCCAACUUCCCAGGAAGCUAGCAGAGGUGCCGCCCUGUUUCUUUCCUAGCAGAUUUUAAUCCCUUUGCCCAUCCGUUCCUGCUACCGGGCACCCAGUGACCGAACUCUUGUGAUCUCUGUGGUCAUGUCUGGAAGGUGGUGGGUUGAAGGAAGAUACACUGCCAAGAGCAGUCUCAUGGGUUGUUCUGCUGCCCACAUAUUACAGACUGUGGUAGACAGUUCUGUGGCUACCACGGCUCUCUGAAAGUUGAGGACAUCUGCUUAGACCUGAAUCUUCAUUCAAAACUCUAACCCAGCAAAACAAAUCUUAAGUAGCUAAUGCCCUGUUAAGAAUUGUAAUGUUAGUUGUUUAAAAACAAAAAUUCUGACUUUUUAAUUUUUUAACCUAGUCACUGUUUACAGUUGUAUGCUAACCCUGAAUUACUGUCUGUGCUGUGGUGUAUGAACAUUAUCAAUCUUAUAUUUAUUGCAGUAAAGAAGAAACUAAAAUAUACAAAAAGGAUGAGUGUGUCCAGGCUCCUGAAGCUGUGGGUGCAUGUGGGAGCAGUGAGUGGGCACCUCCUAAAAGGAGGCCUUUUGGGGAGGUCCGCAUGCUCCCCGUGGUACUCCUCUUAGAAAAUCACUGCUGCUGGUGGACUGAACCUCCCCAAGGGGAGCUUGUGACUCUGCUUUGGCAAAGUUUCCUUGACUAGUAGAGAUCAUCUGUUUUAGUGCAUAUUUCAAUAUAAAUGUCAACAUUUCACUCAAA